GGCGCCUUUUGCUGUUCCUGCAUGUCAAGAAGGAGUGGGGAGGAGGCACUGCUUCAAUUCAAACAUCUAAUGCAUGAAAAUAACAACACGCUGGUUUUGUGGGACAAUACGCCUGUCUUUCAUUACUCUAGUUAACGGCCUUCAACGUUAAUUUACACCGACAUGGCUCCGUUCAGUGUGUUAACAGCAAGUGUUAGCCUGUUGGCUAAGUCCUUCAGUGUCUUCUCCUGCACAAGCACCCUGGCAAGGUGUACCAGUGUCCUCCCCGCUGCAUACGUCAACCCAGUGAAAUGUCUGACUUCUCAGGCCAGCGGCCCUCCAAAGAGACCUCUGAAUGGAUAUUUUAGAUAUUUUAUGGAACAGAAGCCAAUCAUGAUCAGACAAAACCCAGAAAUCAAAACAGUGGAUAUCAUCAGGAAGGUUGCCCAACAGUGGAGAACUAUGACCCCACAACAGAAACAGCCGUUUCAGGAGGCCUCUCUGCGGGCCAGGGAGCAGUUUAAGGUGGACUUCCAGCGCUACCAGGCCCAGCUGACCCCAGCACAGGUCCAGCAGCAAGCCCUGGAGAAGAGGCAGAAGAUGGCCAAAAGGAAAGCAAUCCGCAAGAAGAGAGAGUUGAAUAGCCUGGGAAAACCCAAACGUCCUCGCACUUCGUUUAACAUCUUCAUGUCAGAGCACUAUGAGGAGGCCAGAGGAACCACCACACAGGCAAAGAUGAAGUCGCUGUUGGAGGACUGGACGAUCCUGUUGAGCCACCAGAAACAGGUCUACACACAGCUGGCCCAGGAUGACAAAAUUCGCUAUAAGAAUGAGAUAAAGUCGUGGGAGGAGCACAUGGUGGACAUUGGCCGUGAAGACCUGAUCCGAGAGCAGACCCUGUCUAUCAAGAAAAGACUCGCUGACCCGACUCAUGCAGCCAAGAAAACAACAAAGAAAGCUAAAGGGAAGAAGGCCACUGCCAAAGGAAAGUCCAAAACAACCAGGAAGACAACGAAAAGUAGCUCUGCAAAAACUGUCAGGACUAACAAGACCACCGACACCAAAUAGGAUGUGUGUAUCUACUGAGUCUAGAGGGAAAAAAGAGUGUUGAAGACAGCUGAAGACAGGAGUUCUGGCGACAUAGGCCUGUGCUCUGUUUGUGACUUUCAUUUUCAAGGAAAAACAAAAAAACAAAACAAAGUGAGCUGUUGUCAUUCAUGUUUAAACAGGCCAAUCCUUUCACAGCAUUCAGAGGAAUUAAGAUCAUUUUACAACAUUGCAGUCACAACUCUUUCUAGUUAACAUGACACCAAGUGAAUCCUGAACAGGAUUGUUACCAGCUACAGUGUGAGCUUAUUCUCAUCCACUCUACAAACACACAUCUGGCUUUGAGUGGUUGAAUGGUGUAGACUGGGACUUCGAAGUGAUGAAAUGAAUGAUUGUAAAAGCUUAGACAUUUGAGUGAGGCGUGAAAGUGAUUCUAGGAGGAAAAGUUACUUUUUACUGUCUGCAGUGUUUAAGUUUUCUGAGUGUUACCACAGUAAACAUGAGGGAAAUGUAAAGGUUACUAUUGCCGUCCCAAGAAAAACCACACGUUUCUAUUUUUGGUAGAGUGUUAAUGUAAAGAAUAAGUCUACUCUGAUUCUCUAUUUUCUUGUCAGCAAAUCCACGAAAAGUCCAAAACGGUGUGUUUGUCUCACAGUACUUCCUGACUUCUCUACUGUAAGCCUCAGCUCAAAGCCCAAUGGUUCCUACUGAAGAAAAAAAAAAAAAAAUACC